AGCCGCGGCGAAUCAGCGGGGCGCUGUCAGGGCGUCAGCGCCGGCGGCUCCGCGCGGCCGGCCCCGAGCGCGUCCCUUAUCGCAGACGGGCACCGGGGGCCGGGACCGCAUCAUUACCAUGGGCACUGUUUGCUUUGCGCGGCGCUGCUGUUUGCUCUUCGCCCUUGCCUGGGCCGGCAGGUUAGCGGCGGGCAGCGGGAGCGCAGACGUUGACGAGUGCGCAGAAGCUACAGACGACUGUCACAUCGAUGCCAUUUGCCAAAACACGCCGAAAUCCUACAAAUGUAUCUGCAAGCCAGGCUAUAAGGGUGAAGGGAAACAAUGCGAAGAUAUUGAUGAGUGUGAAAAUGAUUUCUACAAUGGGGGUUGUGUCCAUGAGUGCAUCAACAUUCCAGGCAACUACAGAUGUACAUGCUAUGACGGGUUCAUGUUGGCCCAUGAUGGCCACAACUGUCUUGAUGUUGAUGAGUGUCAGGAUAACAAUGGAGGGUGCCAGCAGAUUUGUGUAAAUACUAUGGGCAGCUAUGAAUGUCAGUGCAAAGAAGGCUUUUUUCUGAGUGAUAACCAGCACACCUGUAUUCAUCGCUCCAUUGAGGGUAUGAACUGUAUGAACAAAGAUCAUGGGUGUGCACACAUCUGCCGGGAGACGCCCAAAGGUGGGGUUGCCUGUGAAUGUAGGCCUGGCUUUGAACUUGCCAAAAACCAGAAGGACUGCAAAUUAACCUGUAACUAUGGGAAUGGAGGCUGCCAACACACCUGUGAUGACACUGAUACUGGUCCUGUGUGUGGUUGUCAUCAGAAGUAUGCCCUGCAUUCAGAUGGACGAACCUGCAUUGAGAAGGAUGAGGCUGCAAUUGAGAGUUCUGAGUACAAUGCCACGUCAGUAGCUGAUGUGGACAAGCGGGUGAAACGGCGGCUACUUAUGGAAACAUGUGCUGUCAAUAAUGGAGGCUGUGAUCGGACUUGCAAGGAUACCGCGACAGGGGUACGAUGCAGUUGCCCAGUUGGAUUUACCCUGCAGCCUGAUGGGAAAACGUGCAAAGAUAUUGAUGAGUGCUUGGUAAACAAUGGUGGCUGUGACCAUUUCUGCCGAAACACGGUUGGCAGCUUUGAAUGCAGCUGUCAGAAAGGCUAUAAACUGCUCACAGAUGAACGGACCUGCCAAGAUAUAGAUGAGUGUUCCUUUGAAAGGACUUGUGAUCACACCUGCAUCAACUACCCUGGAAGCUUCGAAUGUCUCUGCCAUAAAGGCUACACCUUGUAUGGACUGACGCACUGCGGAGAUAUUGAUGAAUGCAGCAUCAGCAAUGGCAGCUGUGACUAUGGAUGUCUGAAUACAAUGGGAAGCUAUGAGUGUGUUUGUCCACCUGGAAAGAAACUGCACUGGAAUAAAAAGGACUGCGUUGAGAUGGUGAAAUGUCUCCCAAAUGCCAAACCAGCUCCCAAGGCUCAACUAGUGUGUAGUAAGACAGGAGGAAUAGAGAGCUGCUUCCUAUCAUGCCCCUCCAAUACUCUUUUUGUUCCAGAUUCAGAGAACAGCUACACGCUGAGCUGUGGUGUUCCUGUCCAGCAAGGCAAGGCUCAGCAGAAGCGCAAUGCCACCCUUCCCAGCUGCGCAGAUUCCUUAGCCCCUCCAAUCAAGCAGAAAGCUCGUUUUAAAAUUAAAGAUGCAAAGUGCCACUUACGGCCUCGCAGCAAAGAAAAAACAAAAGACGCUGGGAAGCAAGCUGUGUUAGGAGGUCAAUUCCCUUGUACAGACAACUGCCAGGUGACUUUUGUGAAUCUCAAGUGUGAUUCCUCCAAGAAAAAGCGCCGGGGCCGCAAGUCGCCAUCAAAAGAAGUGUCCCAUAUCACUGCAGAGUUUGAAGUGGAGAUGAAGUCAGAAGAAGUCUCAGACACCUGUAACAUUGACUGUGUUCGGAAAAGGAUGGAGCAGAAGCUGCAAACUGCAAUCAAAACAUUGAGGAAAUCUAUUAAUAAACAGCAAUUUUACAUUCAGUUUUCUGGGACAGAAUAUGAAGUGGCUCAGAAGCCAGCUAAAGCUACUGAAGGGCAUGAAGCUUGCAGUACAGGGCAAGUGCUGCAGGAUGGAAAAUGCGUUACCUGCAGCACGGGCACCUUUUAUAGUGGAGAACAUAAUCAGUGCGUUCCUUGCUCACCAGGAACAUACCAAGACACAGAAGGUCAACUUACCUGUGAGCCUUGCCCAAGUAGUGAUGGACAGGGAGUAGCAGGCGCCCGGAAUGUGUCAGAAUGUGGAGGGCAGUGUUCUCCUGGACACUAUUCAUCAGAUGGUUUUAAACCUUGUCGAGUCUGUCCUCUUGGUACAUAUCAGCCUGAACCAGGAAGGACCCUCUGCUUUCCAUGUGGUGGAGGGCUUGUGACCAAGUAUGAAGGUGCUGUUUCUUUUCAAGACUGUGAAACCAAAGUUCAUUGCUCUCCUGGACACUACUACAACUCCACAACGCACAGAUGUAUCCGAUGCCCUGUGGGAACUUACCAGCCUGAGUUUGGUCAAAACUACUGCAUCACCUGCCCUGGGAACACAAGUACAGAUUUUGAUGGCUCCACUAAUGUUACACACUGUAAAAACCAGCACUGUGGAGGAGAGCUUGGUGAUUAUACUGGCUAUAUUGAAUCGCCCAACUAUCCUGGAGACUACCCAGCUAACGUUGAAUGCAUUUGGAAUAUAAAUCCACCCCCAAAGAGGAGAAUACUCAUUGUAGUACCUGAGAUAUUUCUCCCAAUUGAAGAUGAAUGUGGUGAUGUUUUAGUAAUGAGAAAAAGUGCUUCUCCUACUUCAAUUACUACAUACGAAACAUGUCAGACAUAUGAGAGACCUAUUGCAUUUACUUCAAGAUCAAGGAAGCUAUGGAUUCAGUUCAAGUCGAAUGAAGGCAACAGUGGCAAAGGAUUUCAAGUCCCCUAUGUGACUUAUGAUGAGGAUUACCAACAACUAAUAGAAGAUAUUGUUCGAGAUGGACGAUUAUAUGCAUCAGAAAAUCAUCAAGAAAUUUUAAAGGACAAGAAACUGAUUAAAGCUCUCUUUGACGUACUGGCACAUCCACAAAACUAUUUCAAGUACACAGCACAAGAGUCAAAAGAGAUGUUUCCAAGAUCAUUUAUAAAGCUAUUGCGAUCAAAAGUUUCCAGAUUUCUACGACCAUAUAAAUAGUGGUAUUCAGUCUGAGGUUAUUUUGCAUUCCUGUCAAAUAUUGUCUUUCCUCCAUAGUAGAAACAUUUGGUAAUUUAAAGGCUCUUUUCUGCAGUCUUUAUUUACAAUUGUAUAUUGAAGAAUACCUAUAAUGUUUUAUAAUCAUUAAACACCAAUGUUCUGAAUGGGAUUUUUACUACAAAAAAAAAAUAUUGUGGAUCCUUGAGUGCAUCUAGCUGAAGAUCCAAAUUUGUGUCUGCACUUGUGUAUCUUCACUUUCCAUUUGAAACUACAUUAUGUAAAAAAACUCUUUCUAGUUUUUUAUUUUCCAUCAAAAAUAAUUUUCUGCAAAGCGAAGAAGGCAUCUAUUCAAAUCUGAUGAAACUACCUACCAAUAGGUUCUGUUGUAGUAAGAGGUAUGUAGUAUAAAUAAGAUUUGGAUUUUGAAUUGCACUUGAAGUUUAGAAGAAAACAAAACAAUCCAAAUUUUGUAAUUUCUCAUUUGUGGCUUAGUGGAACCUCUGACCAAGUAGAAAUCAAAAGGAAAGAAAAAGGAGGAAAAAAAAAAGAAUCAGAUGUAUAAUUUUGUUUUAUGAAUUCUGUACAACUGAGUCCCGUGUGCUUAUUUUUUUUAUCUGUCCUCUUCUAAAUUUCUUCAGAGGUUUGCCACUGUAUGUAACUGCAUUGAAAUGGAUUGAGCUAUGGAAUUCUAUCCACCGGUUGGUCCCUUCGGAGGCAGUUAGAAUAGGAUAGAUGAGAAAUGAACAACACCAACAAAAGUGGUAGUCUGUUUUUCUUUCCGUUAAUAAAGCAUCUAAAUGAGUAAAAUAUAUAAAUAUAUAAAUAUAUGCUUCUAUUUGUGGGUACAUUAGUAAUGUUAUCUUUAGUUACUGUAAAUAUUAUUCAUGCUUAAAUCUUUGCUCCCACACACACUAUUUACUCAUAUCUAUUUGUAACUUUGCUUAGAUGAUUAAAUGACUUCUCCAAGUGCUUGUCACUUCUGUUAACACAAAGCCUUCUGGAGUUUUAUAACAUAAGAUAAUGGUUUAGUUUGCGGCAUUCUCUUUUAACACAUUAUUCCAAGAAAAGUAGCAUUAGUUUAGAUGUAACUGCUGUCCAGGAAGGGGUCAGUUAUUGUCUCUUCCUUGGGCACCCCACACAGCAGACGAACAGUUACACCGGAGGACAGCACACUUACGAGGAGCUCACCAAAGAGGGUUUUUUUUUUUAGAUCUGCCAUCUCUAAAAUGCUGGGAACAUACCUCUGCCACAGGCUCAAACUGCAAGGGAACAGUGCAGGAACAUAGUUUUGCAGCCCGGUUUGAUAGGCUGGAGGACUGGUACUGCAAUCAAAGACUUGGAGCCACUGUGCCCAUCAACUGCUGGGACUAUGCAGGCUGUAAGAAAGCAUUAAUCUUGUGGUCAGGCCCUCCUCACAGAGUGAGAGGUACCUGGGGUCUAAGAUGAUGAUAAAUCCCGUGUUUCCUCCUGUUUUCUGGCACAAGGGUUAAUUUCACAGAAUCACAGAAUUCAGCGAGAGAGUAGCUAUUUUUAUUGAUAUUUCAGCUUCUUUAUUUUUAAGCCCCUUCCUCUUUUGUAUCAUUUUCCCUUCUGAUCCCACAAGAUUAUGAUAUGCAUAAAUUAACUAUCAUGACAGCAUCCUUUCAGAAAAAGACAGAUGUAACUGCAUUUUUUUUGCAUAUCUACCUUGUAGUUUAAAAUACUCUUGAAUGCUCUCAAAGAAAGCAUUAAGGGUGGAUAAGGCUAACUUCCUGUAUUUCUUACACUUUUUUUUUGUCUUUGAGCAUGUGCUGUUUAAAUUUACAAAGUUGUUUUCUAUUCUUUUCAAAUGGUUGAUUAUUUUAUUUCUAAGAGACACCUUAAAUAUUGUGCUGUGUUUUUCUACUUGGCUAUCUUGUAUUUUUGCUUGACUUCUUUCCUUUUCUGUUGAAGACCACAAAUUUUUCCUUUCUGUGCCUGAACAGUUUCAACUUAGUCUACUUCAUUUCUCUUCAUCUGUGGAUCAUAGGUCUUUGAAUAACGUUCUCUUUGAUCUCUAUAUAUUUAUAUAUUAACCUUUGUUUCCAAAUGUAACAUCUCCAUAAAAGUCAUAAAUGUUCUUUUUUAAAGGCUGUUAUUUUUUUAAUUAUUAUUUUUUGGUGAGGAUGUUGAAACUACUUUUCUUCAAUAUUUGUGAUGAAUUACUAAAGGUGGAUAUUUGAAGGAGACCUUAUCAGUACUAGAUUCAGUGCAUGCUCAGAAUGAAAGAAGUUACGUGUACGUUUUUCCCUUAACAGAAGUAAUUUGUAGAAAAAAAUAUAAAUCUUAAAAAUAACAAAAAUCUUUGUAGAUAAUCAUGUAUAAGGCUAAAGCGAAGAAACUAUUUCAACCAAACAAUACUUCAAAGUCUGACAAGUCCAUCCAGAAUGAUUGGAACUGGUCAGGAUUUAAGACAUGCUGCUGAAAGACACUGGAGAAUUGUUUAGAGUUCUAAACAAAGAUCACUACAUUUAUGAAGAAAAGUAACUUCUUCAUUUGCUGAACAGUGAACAGUGAUCUGUAGUAUUGUUGGCUUCAGUAAGUGAGCUCUGGAAACCUGAUGCUGUGCAGUGAAUUUUGUAAAAUCCCUGCUAAACUUCUGCUUAGCAACUCACAAUUGUAGGCAUAAUGCCACAGUUUUCAUGCAGGACAAGCUUCCUCUUUAGAAAAGAGCUGAAGGUGAUAACCUCAAAGGUCCAUAGACUACUGACAGCACCGUAACAUUUUCCACAUAACUAUGUGAGGAAUCCAGUGCCAGAUAGAGACUACGGCACAGACUUGUCUUGGUCGUGGCCACUGUUACUGGGAGCUUGGUACAGUUUUGAGGUGAAUACAUAAAGGACUGUCUGCAUUUUGCUCUGGUAGAACUCUGGCUGACUUUCAACCACAUGAGACAAAUCUGGUGUUUCGUCUAGUUCAGGCAGCCUCAGAGGUGUGCGUUAGCGCACGCUCCCUGGAGCCACGGUGGGGCAGGGACUCCACGGUCAAGAGAGGGCGCUCAGCGACUUCUGGAGCAAAUCCAGACUUUGUGUUGCUGACAACUGUGAAAGAAAGAAUAAUUUGGCCUUCAAAAGCAUACAGUGAAAUGCCUGUGAAUACAUAGGGGUCUCAUAUGUGAUAUAUUUAGAAAAUGAGCCAAGUCUGAAUGCUUGCAGCUCUGCAUAGAAAAGCCAUUGGAUGUGCAAAUUUCUCAUGAAUAAAGUAACGACAAGUGGUAUAUAGGACUGUCUGAACCAAUUUCAGCUGAUUUUUAUGACAGCAUAUAUUUUUUACAUGAGCUCUAAAAGUAAGAAAUGUUUUGACAAAUCUCAUCUAAAAAUAUCUUACUAAUUUCAGAAGGGCAUAAGGGUUUUUCAUACUUGACAGUUACAGAAACUGGUUUUCACCAAAUAGAAGGUGAGCUGAGCUCUUCAUUUGUUAAUGUCACGUUUUCACUGUAAGAAGUCAGAGAGCAUAUUGUUACUGUGCAAUAACAGCCCAACAAGGAAUGACUUAGACAAAUUUGGGAAUCAAAAAACAUACCAGGAGGAAUAUGGCCUGCUUUAAGAAAAAGAGCUGCAUGAAAUGAGUUAGUAUGUGGCAAAACAGCAAAUUUUGGCUUUUAGCCUGAAUGUGAAACAUUGCAUUUAAACACAUUCAAUAAAUGCAGACCUGUAUCUAUUGUCAUAGAAUGUCACAUUGUGUACAGGCCAGGUGCAACAACAUGUUUGUGUUACUGCAGGAAGGCUGAAGAAGUAUCCAUUUGUGAUUACACAAUUCCACAUCACAAACAAACCAAGCUUCUUAUUUUCAGUUUGCAAAUGCCUAUAUGCUUAAAAGCUGCACCUGUAGCACUUAACAUUUUAAUCCUCUCCUCCUGCUUUAAAUACUGCACUUAUUUUUAGUGAGGUGAUGAUGAUUCUUACCUAGGCAUUCUCAUCAAAUAACAGCCUGCACACCUGCUGUAAUCCAGGAGAUUGCAACAAUCAGAAAUUGCUAAUCAAGCCCUAAGUCAUGCUACGAAAGUGCUUGUUAGUGAUUGCUGUGGGCAGGGUGUUCCUGUGUGUCAUUUGAGUACAGGAAGUGCCAGGAUUCUCUGCUCAGUAGGAGAUAGUCUCCUGUAUCUUGCCUGCAAUAGCAAGCUUUACACUGCCUGAAGAUUUAGGUCACCAAAACUGGACUGAAAGAAGACUUCAAUAACCUUCAGUCCAUUUUCCUGCCUACUUUCCUUCCUCUUUAUUUAGUAGGUUUUUACCUGAAGACCAACUUUUCACAAGAAAUUUAUUUUCUUAUGCUUCCUCCCCACAAUAAAGUUAAACCACAGCAUUAGAUAUAUUGAAGAUUUAGACCGAUCCUUCCUACACAUCAGUUUUGUAUUAGUUUUAAGUAAGCUUAUCCUAGUAAGCUCAUAUUAAUUUACUUUAGAUUAGUUUUAGACUAGCUUAAAUAAAGAUAUGUUUGGCUGCAGAAUUUUCAAAGGCUGCAUUUUGAUUUGCCAGAUGGUCUUGAAGGAGCACAGCUCAGCUGCAGUCCUCCAUCUAUACAUAGAAAGAACAGAUGAUGCCACAUGAACAAGAAACAUGCUUUCAUGCAUUAAACAUUCAAAUAAGAACGUUUAUCCCCACUCCAGGCCCCUUUAGUUAGUGUGCCCAACAGAUUCAAAUUUGUUAGAUUAGUCCUAUCUAUAAACAACCCAGUUCUAAUCUUCGGGAGCUAAAGCGGUGGUAGGAUUCCUCUAAGGAACUACUGCCUGGUCUUUGACAGCAAAACCUAAUCGGUCUGUGAGAGUACUUGUGUCUGGACUCUAAAUACCUUUGAGUGCUCUUAAAAAAAAAGAACUGGAGUGAAAUAUUCAAUAACUGAAUUCAGUGGCAAAUUUCUCAGCCAGCUCAGGGGUCUGGAUUUUCCAUUUUCUGCAUGGUGGGAAUGAGCAACAUGCUGUUAUGUGUACCUGUGUCAUUAUUUUAAGUAGUUGCAUUUUUUUUUCUGUAGUUGAAAACCACUGUUUGACAGGAAUGGUAGUAAUUGGAGAAGUUCUGUAGACUCUCAAUAUUUUGAGAUGUUAAUGAAAUAGUUUUCUAGGAUGAGAGACUGUCGUAAGCACUUGCGGAAAGAAAACAAGACUUUUGUCUCCCAUAAGAAUUUUUGGAAUUCUGUAAGGUAAUAGGAAUGUAUUCCUCGGUAUCUGACUUCAGUUUGGAGAGAAGUCUCAUGUUUUGUCAUUACACUUUUCAUCUGAAUAGAAACAAACUGGGAAAUAAACUCUUAAGGAAAAAUAUGUUAUCUGAGUACCUGAAUAUGUACAAUUCCAGUUUGUUAUUUCAUUUAUUUAUUGUUUCAUCACUAAACUUUUAAUCUAUAAAGUUUAAUAUGUAAUAUACAAGAGUAAAAUGUACAGAAGUACCUGUAGAUGUAAUAAUUUAAACCACCUGUAUUCAGAAAGCAGAGAGAACUAGUUUAAAGAUAUACAGACAGACAACUGCAAUUCAACUUUAGCUGAAUUUCUCAAUAUCUAGGAAAAGAAGUGGCUUUGCUUAAGUAAAUUUUAAUGAUUGUGAAAAUAUCUUUUUUAGUUUGUUCUUGUUACUUUUUUAAUUAAAAUUAUUUUGUAAAUAUUGUUUUCUAUGUUUUAUACCUUAGAAAGGCCACUAAUUUGCAUUGACAGCAGCAGAUAUUCAACAGAUAAUUAAAAAGGUGCUUACAGGGCACUGGUGUGCGCGUGGUCGGAUGACUGCUCCUGUGGUUUCUGCAGUCUCACUGGUGUCACAGGAAGAGUUUUCUGGGACAACUUAACCUGCUAGUUUUCACUGAAUUGACUAUGAAGUGUCAUUCUGAAGUGCUUACCGUUUUCAAAACAUAUAAAGAACAUGUAUGUUAAAGUUAGCGCUAGUUCUUACUAGAAUAAGAAGCAACACAAAAUUCAGAAAAAAAAGGGGAAUUCAAAAAUUAUGCCCCGGUAUAGCACAAAGAUAAGGAAAGGCAUGGUAUCUCUGCACUCUAGGUAGCAGUGGAAGUGAUAAAUCAACAUAUUGGAUCAGAUCACAGAGCCUUUUCUAGGCAAAACUGCCACUGAGAUCUGUGGGAAUUUUACCUGGAUUAGGUUCACUGUGAUCUUGUCCAUCGCCUAUUAAAUAGGAAAUACUGGUAAACUAGAUCUUGGGAAAAAUACCCAGACAAGUAAUAUUGGUUACUGUACCAACUGGCUAUAUCUGAAUAGUAGGCAUGAGUGACAUUCUGAAUGAAACCCUUGUAGAUGCUGCUGGGACUUCUAAGCUUUAUUAUCAGUGUAAAUUAUGUACAAACAGCUAUUUCCAUAUGAAAUGUAUCAUGGUAGUUUAGAGCAAAGAUAGUGAAUAACUGUACAAAAUUUGAUACUUAGAAAAUAAAAUACUGUGAUCUAAGCUUUACCAAUAUUUUAAAAAUACUGUCAGAUUCGUAGUAGAAAAUGUUGUUGUAAAUGUACCUUAUAAGAAAAUACAUUUCCUUUUGCCUCUGUAUAUUAAUAGCUUUGUUUUCUAUGUCAAAGCUCAAAAUGAAGCAUGUAAUAAAACUUUUGUUAAAAUCACUUUCAUAAUAAACAUAAAAUGGAAUGGA